AUGCCAGCAUUACGUCGCUUCCUUCGAGCCUCCCAUGCCUUCCACUGGCUGUCGCAGCACCGAAGCCCCAUCGCGGUGCGGUGGAAUUCUUCCUUCUCCGCCAACCAGUUCGCUCAGCUCGCCAGUCGCCAAUCCUCCAAGCACCAAAUCUACCAGUCCCUUUCCUCUGACCCCUACGUGAACCUCUCCAUCGAACACUUCCUUCUGGAGCAUGCGCCAGCCGACUCGAGCAUUCUCUUCCUAUAUAUCAACCGGCCAUGCGUGGUGAUUGGGCGGAAUCAGAACCCAUGGCUCGAGACCAACCUGCGAGUGCUACACAAUGACCGCGACGUCGCGGAUCACGAUUCCGAAAAUGCGCUCUACGUCCGGCGACGCUCUGGCGGUGGCGCCGUGUUUCACGACGAGGGCAACCUCAACUACAGUGUCAUCUCUCCCCGGACGUCAUUUACGCGAGAUAAGCACGCGGAGAUGGUCGUGCGCGCAUUGCAUCGCGUCGGGGCCACCAACACCAGCGUCAAUGAUCGCCACGAUAUUGUCAUGUCCCUUGACGGCGCGUCCGCCGGUGAACAGAGCCCUCGACCACGAAAAAUUUCUGGCUCCGCCUUCAAGCUGACGAGACACCGGGCACUUCACCAUGGCACUUGUCUGCUCGAUUCGCCCAACAUUAAUAGCCUCGGCUCUUUUCUACGGUCGCCAGCACAGGACUAUAUCAAGGCGAAGGGGGUGGAGAGUGUGCGGUCUCCCGUGGCGAAUGUGUCGUCCGUGUUCGCCGAUGCAUCCGUCCCGUUUGGGAUCCAAGACGUGAUCGCUAACAUCAUGGGGGAGUUUGCAAGGCUGUACCAGACUAGCCCAGAUGCUGUGCGUCGCGCGCAGCGUGCCUACGUCCAUGACCCGGAGCUAUAUGCGGGUGAUGACUGGGUAGUCGGAGCCGUGGGAGAAGCGGAAGGCUACCAAGAGCCUGAGAUCAAGAAGGGAAUUGAUGAAUUACGGUCGUUGGAGUGGAAAUACACUCAGACGCCCCAAUUCAUCUUCUCGACAUAUCCAGUCGAGGAGGACCCCCGCGAACGACCGGCGCUUCCACUGUCCUUGCCACCCUCGACACGCAUUUUCCUUCGUCUCAAACAUGGAGCGAUUAUUGAGAGUCACAUUUCAAUAUCGCCCGACUCGUCUAUAGCCUCGGAGCAGGCAGUCCGCGCGCAUGAAGCGCUGAAAGGGCGUAAGCUUCACGAGAUCCAGCCAACCCAGUGGAAGGAGGUCCUGUACGAACAGUUGGGGGCGGAGGAAGACGCAGACACCAUUGAGGAACUUGCCCGGUUCAUUGCGACUAAGCUUGGUUGGGUAUAG